AUGGAUGACGAUGAUUUGAACCCUCCCAACAAGUGUCCAGUUUGCGGAAGUGAUCCUCGGACGCACCCUGGCCUUCGGUUCAAGAUCAACACCAAGUGCUAUCACCGAAUAUGUGAGGGCUGUGUGGACCGCAACUUCUCCUCGGGCAAAGCAGAGUGUCCGGUAGCCGGAUGUCAUGUCAGCCUCUGGAAACGAGAAUGGCGGACGCAAACGUUCGAAGACCUCAAGAUCGAACGUGAGGUCGAGAUCCGGAAGAGGGUCAACAAGAUCCUCGAUCGUCAAGAGGAAGAGUUUGAGACGAAGCGCGACUACGAUGAUUUUCUGGAGCUGCGGGAAGAGCUGAUCAUGAAUCUGGUGCUCCGGACAGACGUAUCAGCCACGAACCGUAAGCUGAAGGAAUAUGCCAUUGCGAACGGCCUGAAGGUGGAUUCGAAUGAUGCCCCGACCGAGUCGGACAAGAAGGCUACCAAGAAGAAGGACGUUGAUCCGACCAUCGCAGACCCAAGUGGUCUGAUCAAGGGAUUGAAGAAGAAAGUCAUUCGUGAAGCGGAGGCACCCUACGAUCCAUUCAUGGGUAUGCCACGCAAGAUGGACUAUUACGAAGUCAAGGACAGCUACAUCGCCCGUGCUAAAGGAAAGCCGGCGGAAGCGAUGCUUGCGGCGGGCUACGACUUUGGACAGUACAUGGAUGAAUGUCUUCUACGGGCAUUUGCUGGACUUGGAGUUUUUAUCGAAGAUGAGAUGGCGGCGAAGAACAACACAGCCGUGCCAGUCCCAGGUACUGGAGCAACAACGGCGGUGGAUGAUGUGUUCUGA